AGCGCUGUCCCAGAGCUGACUGUAGCGUUCGUCAAGCUCAGCCUCGAAUCUGCACCGCGAUUUGGCGAAUCCAUGGCUCGCCCGGCCCGAAAGCCCGAUGCAGGGCACCUGGCCUUCGGGCAGAAGGUCUCGGGCAAGUCCCCGAUGAGCCCCUCGGAGCGGCAGGCGCUGCAGAACGCCCGGCGGGCCAUGCAGAAGGAGAAGAGCCAGAUCUUGAAUGCCCAAGAGGCAGCACGAGAGGUGGUUGAAGCCUCCAGGCAGAAGGUGGCCGACCUGCAACUCCAGGUCGAGCUGCUCCGCAAGAGGCGGCAUGGUUUGGAGGAGGAAGUCCUGAAGUGCGAGACCUUCAAGCAAGAGGCUGCCGCUAAAGAGGUCUCGGAGCAGGACGCGUGGUGCUGCGAGCAAAAGCCGGAGUUGGAGGCCAGCAUCCAGCGGCUCACCAGCCACCGGGACGCCUGGCAGGAGCUUUGUCAGACCCUGCGCCGCGCCGUGGUGCAGCACGAGCAUCAGCUCAAGGACCUGCAGGAGGAGUCGGAGCGCAGCGUCGUGGAGAGGAGGAAACUGCAACAGGAGUGCCUCAGCCUGCAGCAGGAAUGCGAGGGCGCCCAAGCGGAGCUUUCAGAGUCCAAGCAGAUGCUGGAGGCUGGCAGCUGCACUGUGGAGCAGAUGUCCUCACAACGCCUUGCCCUGGAGUGGUCCAUCGAGGAGAGCUCGAAGCGUCAGGCACACGUGCAGCUGGCCCUGCGGCACUGCGCCUCCAGCACAGCCGCCUCCACCUCAGAUCACCAGAGCCGACUCCAAGCGCUCAGCGGCGCCUGCGAGGAGCACCUGGUUCAGCACCAAAGGCAAGCACAUGGCCACCGCAGUGAGGUGGCCCAUCUCCAGCAAGAGCUUCGGGACAUGGAGGCGCAGUGCGCGGACUUGGAGCUGUCCCUGGGCACAGCGGUUAGCGACGUGGAGCAGCUGGAGACCAAGGUGACAGAAUGCCGGCGCGGCAAGGUGUUGGAGCAGCAGAAGGAGGCCUUUGCCAGGCAGCGGCUGGAGGUAGCGCGGGCCCGCAAGGCUGCGCUGGUGAGGCGGCGCGACGAGCUGCAGAGGCUGUGUCAAAGCAUCGAGGUGGAGAGCUUGCAGCUGCAGGAAGAGCAUGCCAAGCUCCUACUAGGCCGCGCACGGAAAAAGGCGGUGGAGACGCUGCAAAGAUCCAAAUCUCAGGAGCCAAGUCCCGUCUCUCAGCCUGCGCCAAGCCUGGAGAUGGCAUUGUGCCGAGGUUUCUUUGCCCCUGCGGGCCAGUCGACAGGUGUUCUGACGCCAUCUCCCUCUCGAGAAGCAUUGUCGCCCAUGCGCGUGCGGGUCGUGAGAUCAAAGCCAAGCUGAUGAAUCACAAUGGGGGCAGGCAACUUAAAAGCAUCCUGUCCUUUCAAUGAGGCCUCUGUCAGUCUCAUCUAGUGACAUGAUUCAAGUCUUCAGCCAGGUUCUGGAAGUUGUUGCUAGUUCGC